UGUAGAGAGAGAAACGUAAGGGCUCCGACCCCCGACCAACAGACAUAUCACGAAUCUUGUGAGAGAAAAUACAGGUCGUAGGUUUUCCCCCUAGAGGCCUCGCCUCUUCACGUGACGCUCUCUCUCUCUCUCUAGAAUCACUCUUUCUCUCUCUACAACCGCUCUCUAUCCUUCAUUGUUUCUCUCUCUUACGGCCUGCAAGCCUUCCCUUUACUGAGCUUCUCUCUGACUGAGACUGUAGAGAGAGAGAGCGGGUCUCUCCGAGGUAAGAGUAACAAAAUGCAGCAACAUCUCAUGCAGAUGCAGCCUAUGAUGGCCGCAUACAACAACAUCACUACCGAUCACAUUCAGAAGUACUUGGAUGAAAACAAGCAGUUGAUUCUUGCAAUUCUGGAUAAUCAGAAUCUCGGGAAAUUGAGUGAAUGUGCCCAGUAUCAAGCCAAGCUUCAAGAAAACCUCAUGUACCUGGCUGCUAUUGCUGAUUCUCAGCCACAGCCGCCAACUGUCCAUGCCCAGUUCUCUCCAAAUGCGGCCAUGCAACCUGGUGCCCAUUACCUCCAACACCGCCAACCCCAACAGAUGACCCCCCAAGCUGCCCUCAUGGCCGCCCGCUCCCCCAUGCUCUAUGCCCAACAGCCACUCUCUGCCCUCCAACAGCACCAACACCAACAACAGCAAGCGCUCCAUAGCCAACUUGCAAUGACCUCAUCAGCCGCGAACAAUGGCCUCCACAUGCUUCAUAGUGAUACGACCAACUUAGGUGGCAGUGGUGGGGCGAUGGUUUCGGGAGGUUUCCCUGACUUCGGUCGAGGCUCCGGCAGUUCAGGCAACUUGGGCAGCGGCUCAGGCAAUUUGGGCAGCACGAGCGAUGCCAUGGCAGGAGGCAGCCGAGACCGAAAAGCUGAUUUGGUGGGCGGUGAUAUGCAAAAUUCAGAUGGUCGAGGGGCAAGCUCAUCGGCUCAAAAUGCUGAUGCUUCGGAGCCACUCUAUCUAAAGGCUUCUGAGGAGGAGGGUAAUUGAUGUGUUUCGAAGUUAGGUCGAAUAUGGUGCUUUUGUAGUGGUUUUAACUUCAGGUCUGAGAAGGGAGGUUGAGAGGUAGAUUUCCUUUGUUUUUUAUGUGCCGGUACGUUGAAACUUAAGUUUAAGGCGUAGGGGUUUGUGGUUUAGGGCUUAAGAGAUUAGAGAUUAGGGUGUCUUUGGUGUUGGACAUGCUUUCUAGGGCAUUAGUUUUUGUAAAUUUGUAGGUUUGUUGUGGAGAUGGACGGUGUUGGGUGUGUUUGAGCUUUGGUUUUAGAAGCUUUUAUGGAUUGAUGAAAAGAACAUCUGUUUUACUGCCAGAGAAUAGAAGCUACAAUUUAGCGGUUCAUUUA